CCGAUGCACACGGUGUUCGGGGCUAAAUAGUAACAGAGGCUGACAAGUGCGAUAGUCGGGACAGUGGCAGGCAAUCACUUAUCAACAAACGGGAUUAUUAGCUUGAGAAAAAGGAGCAGCAAUAUCAAUAUGAUACCAACAAUAACGAAAAAUUACCAGAACGUGGUCAUCAGCACGGGCAACAUUAUCAAUAACGAGCUGGGACAGCGCAAGUCUAACGAGGAGUUGUACGAUGGAUUGAAAAUCACCCUGCACAACAAUCCAAAUUCAGAGAGCGUGGUGGUUGAGAUUGACAAGCGGCAUGGUCGCGUGCUCUGUGCUACGCAGGAACUGAACAGUCGACUGACAGAAAAUGGACGCAAUGAGAUUAGCAUUGGUGCAAAGAUAUUCCUCAACAAAUAUUCGACGGAGUGCAUCAAUCAGGCCGUUGAAGCGUUACUCAACAUACUCAAUGUGACGCAUGUGGACAACGUGGUGCUCGCUUACCAUCCCAAUGCUUCGACCGUUGCCAGCACAACAACAUUAGCCACAACAGCUAAAAGUCCCUGCUCUGAGGUGAGCGAAAGCGGAAGCAGCACCAGCGUUAGCGAUGCGGCCAACAGCUGGAGUGCACGUAAUGGUGAGCAGGGUAUAGAAGAACUGAAGUUACUCUAUAAAUGCUUGGAGAAAUACGCACUUAAAGAGCAAAUCAAACAGUUGGGCAUUGCCGAUCUCGAUGCAAAGACUUUGGCUGAGUUAUACAAAUCGGCUGAGGUGGUGCCCACCAUAGCGCAGGUAAAUCUGGCCACCUGCUGCGUAGUACCAGCCGAACUGCAUGAAUUCUGUCGCGAUCAUGAGUUGGUACUUAAUACACACAGCGAUCCGGAGCUUCUUUUAGCUGAAGAGCAAUUUGCAUGCUUGGCCCCCGGCUAUACAAUCGAUUGGUGUCUGCGUUACCAAGUGCAUGUCCGCUGUCGCAGCGUCCUCACAGCCAAGGGCUAUAUAGUGGGUGCCUCCCAGUCGAGCAAUGAUAAUUAGAAGUGGAAUGAAAGGCUGACAAUACCGAACUUCUGAUAUAUAUAUAUAUAUAUAUAUAUAUAUAUAUAUAUAUAUAUAUAUAUGUAUAUAUAUAUUUAUUUAUAUACGUAUAUGUAUCAUUGUAUGUAUGUAUGCAUGAAAUACUGUACUUAUUGUUUGUUAUACAAAACCCAAAAUCGAGAUGAGAACAGAAGUGAGUGAUACUCUAGCAGUGAGUGAAUACUUCAAACGAUUUGAUUGUGUACAGUUUUUCUUGUUUUUUUUUUUUUAAUUUUUUAUAAACAGUUAUUGAAACCAUUAAAUUGCUGUAUUGUUUCUGUAACUGGUAGCAGGUUUGUGUAAUUGUAAUACAAUAUAAAUAUAAAUAUAAAUAUAAACAUA